GUUUAUUUCACCAAGACAAUGACAAGCCACAUUCUGCAUGUGGUACAACAGCAUGGUUUCGUAGUAACAGAGUGCGCGUGGUAGCAUGACCUGUCUGCAGUCCAGACAUGUCUCCCAGAGGUCAGAGGUUUACAUUAUGACAUAUUUUUUUCCAAAAUUAAUUAUGUUUUUAUCAAAAACCAAUAUUUUCUACAAGGAACAUAAGCAGCUCCUUACAGUCUCCAUACGGCCUUUCAUCGCCUUGGUAGACGUUAAUCUUAGUCUUAUCAGUCCAGAAAAUGUUGAAAAAUUUUUGCGGUUCAUCUCUGUAUGUCUUUGCAAAAUACAAUCUGGCCUUUUGAUGCGUUUUGCUAAGUGGUUAGCAUCUUGAGGUAUGACCUGUACAGUUCUUCUCUUCUAGUCUUCUUCAAACAGUUGAUUGCGAUACCUUCACCCCUGGCCUUUGGAGGUUAGUAGUGAUGUCACUGAUGUCUUUCGGUGUUUCUUUUCAGCGCUCAAAAUGUCUCUGUCAUCCACUGCUGUUGAUGUCCUUGGCCGACCUGUUAGAUGUCUGUUGCUUAGUAGGCCAGUAGUGUUUUUUCUCUUCAGGACAUUCCACAUUGUUGUAUUAGCUAGGCCCGAUGUUUGUGCAAUAGCUCUGAUUGAUUUUCCCUUUUUUAUCAACUUCAAAAGUGUUUUCUUGACUCAGCAUAGACAGUUCUCUGGUCUUCGUGUUUGCUAAUCAGCAAAUGUGGUUUUCACAGGUGAAACUGAAGCUUAAACAAUCAAUUUAAAAGGCAAUACCUGAGCAACUAGAGGCACUCAUCAGUUACAUGUUUCAAUACUUAGGCUCACUUGAAAAGUGGAUGGCUUCACACAAAAGGUACUUUGUCCCGAAUUAAUACACUGAGAUGUAAAUAACAUGAAAUAAAAGCUGCAAUUCUGAACUUUUGGCUCUGAUUCAUCUUUUGAUAUGAAACCUGUCUUCAGUAUACACCAAAAACAAAGGAACUGACCUUGCCGUUCCAAUACUUUUGGAGGGGACUGAACAUAGUUACCACACAUGCCACAAUGUAACUGUUGUUUGCUGCUCCAGCCUGGCUGUUGCGCCCAGCGUGGACAAUUAUGAUGUUUUUCUUUCCAUCCCACCUCUACUGGUGUAAGCCUAGAUAGGAACAGAAGGCCACCAGCUCGCUGUUGUGCCUAUGUGGCAAGGAUGUUGGUGAGGUUGUCAUUCCCGUGGAAGUCAAUGCAUGAACAUUUUAAAUCGUAAUUUAUUAAGUCCAUUUUCAUAAGACUUGCUGUUCUGUCAAAGAUCAUGCAUAUGGUAUCAGUAUAAAUGUUUUAAAAUACAGUGCAAGAACCAAUGCAUAUUUGUGGAUGUGAUCGUCUCUGCAUGUCCUGCUGGAUACCUAUUGACUGUCUCCUCGGCCUGGCUCAGCAAGUCCAACUCUACCUUGUUUAUUUUAUUUUGGGUGGCUUUUACUCACAUUUCCCCAACUUUUUGACACUUCUUGUUGUCUGUUCAGUAGGGUUUACUGGAUGAAGUAUAUGGCCUUUGCUGAUGAGGGAGACGUUGGCAUGGACUCUUCCACAUUGUGGACGUUUCUCAUUAUUAACAACAGGUAGAAUUGUUACCACCUGUGCCAUGGAGUAGCUAUUUAUUGACAGUGCUGUCAGCCGAGCGCUGGCACUCAGGGUGCUCAACUACUAUGUUUUGUCCAUCCCACCUCUAUUGGUUUUACUCUCGUUUGUUUGUUUGGUGGAGUUAAAUAGUUGUUUGUUGCCUUUAUAGUAACAGCAACAAUGCACCCCUAUGGGGGCACAAACCAGUGCAAUCUGUAGGCUGGUCCCAAAUAUGAGCGUUCAUCUAAAGAAUCCCAUACCGGAUCGGUCGUGGCCCGGGUUAACAACGCCCGCCCCCGGCACUGCUAACCUGCAGGGCGUCGGUGGAAAUUCAGCUACUGUGGGUCGAAGACAAAGAAGAGGAGGAAACCGGAUCCAGCGUCAGAAGAAAAAGAGGAAUGCACAGAGCCUACAACUGAGUGUAGGGACUUUGAAUGUUGGGACUAUGACAGGAAAAGCUCAGGAGUUGGUUGACAUGAUGAUUAGGAGAAAGGUUGAUAUUCUGUGCAUCCAAGAGAGCAGGUGGAAAGGUAGUAAGGCUAGAAGUUUGGGAGCAGGGUUUAAAUUAUUCUACCACGGAGUAGAUGGGAAGAGAAAUGGAGUAGGGGUUAUUUUAAAGGAAGAGCUGGCUACGAAUGUCUUGGAGGUGAAAAGAGUAUCAGAUCGAGUGAUGAGACUAAAAUUUGAAAUUGAGGGUGUUAUGUAUAAUGUGGUUAGC